AUGGAAGGAAAGUAUGAGCUACCGUUUGCUUUCGGUGUGCAAUGAUGCACAGGAAAGUCAUUCAUGUCAUCUUUAUAGUUUUUUGGCCAUAUUUGCAGGACCACGGUUUGUUAAGAUCCACAGAUUUUGCUACCAUGGAAACGUGCGGUAACGACUUUUCCCUGUGAGCAUGUGGCAAUAAUCAGUAUGAAAAUAUGGAACAUAAUUUAAGCUGAUGUUGUGUUGGUGCUGGAAAACCGUUUAUGGGGAAAGAGGAUACGUACCAUUUUGUUACUCCGCGGCCAAGUGGUAAGAGUGCUGGAUGUUUUAAUCCCGAGGCACCUAGUUUUAGUCCCCUCCUUGCCGCUAGCUGGAUUUGUUCUAGGUAGUCUAGAGUUCAAAUACUCGGACAUCAUUUUCUCCCUUGCAUCUAGAGCCCCCCGAGCUUGCUUGCAGGCUAGUAGACGGCAAGAAUAAAGCUUUUCAAAAGAGUUGAAGAAGGUCUGGACACAUGCCACUUUUACACAUUUACAUUAGUGGUAAAAAUAAAACCAUUUUUCUCACCUGUACACAUGCUUUGACUAACUUUGCCAAGUCUGGAUAUUUGGCUUCUAACUCCUUAAUCUGUUUAAAAAAUAAUAUACUAACAUUGUACAUCACAUAUAAAGUUAACAGCAGUUGUAUGUGAUACUGAAGUAGGGCAGACGGACCCAACCAGGACCCAUCUUAACCAGUGGUGGCUGAGGAGGUAUAUAAGAUAUCACCCAUCUGAUGAGCAUGAUCGACAAAAAUUUUAAGAUUGAUCUGAGAGACUUAAUACACAAGAAAGAUUUAUUGUCGGGGCAAAUAGCACAAGGACAUUGAAUUCUUACAAGUGAGGCUGAGGGGGCUAUGCAAUGGGUACAUGAAGACCCGUGUCUGUUCUCUUUAAGUACAAUAGGUUUGAGCAAUAAGUCUAAUAAUACUAUUAGAAUUACACUAAUUGAAUACUAAGGGCGCCUACCAAAAGUCAGAAGUAGCCAGCUGGGUCGGUCUGUUUGCAAAUCAAAUAGGCUUCUCUCGACAGUUUUCGCUUUAAGACGUCAUUCAAAAUUCUCUGUUCAGAUGGACUAGUUGGCUGGCUAGAAAUGGUAAUCGAUCUGAGUAAAAUAUAGGGAGAACAUGCACAAAACAAAUUAAUACGAAGGAUUAAAUCUUUAUUACAUCAUGAGAAAAGGACAAAAGAAAAAUCUGUGUCCUGAUCCCGCAGCAGGGAAAUUGUAUAAUUCCACAGUAAAGUUUCAUUUCAGAAGAUGAAGAAUACUGUCAUUAGUGCUGAAAUCAGGACACUUGAUAGCCAAUCGUAUUUGAGAAUUUUGUUUUACAUGUAGUUAUGAUAUACCUUCAGUACCAAUGCAGUGCCGUAGCCAGACCAAACGGCCAACCGAGGCAGGCGGGAGUUGCUAGGGGGGUUCGGGGGCAUGCCCACCCCCCCCCCCCGAGAAAUUUUGAACUUUAGUCUCUCGGAAAUGCGAUUUGCAGCGUUUUCUGGGCCUUUCGGUAACUUUUUUUCGAGUUAAUUUAAGUGGAAUUUAAAAAGCAAUAAUCAGAAACAAGAUACAUAAUCUGGGUGACCGUUAACCUCGCCAAUGGUUUUGAUCAGUAUUUGGUCAAAAAAAAUUUGAGUUAACGUACGUAGCCCCUUGAGAUCGAUGAUAUGGUAAUUUUUUCAUAGUAUAUUGACUGAAUUGCUGAAUUCUUUGUAAUAUCAUGAUGCGUUAAAAAUAUCCGAUGAUCGCUUAUGUAAAAUAAAAAUGAUCGGCGAAAUUCGUCAAAAUUUUACCGAGGCGAGUGCCUCGGUUGGCCUCAUACGGCGCUGGCGGUCCAAUGACUUUGGAUCGUCAGAGGGAGCUCCUGCUGUUAGCUCCAGCAAAAGUGAGCCUAAGCUAUACACAUCUGCUGGCUUCUCAUGAGGCUUCAAUCCCAUCACCUGCAAAAGUAUUAUAUUUCAUCAUACAGGAUUGCAGCAGUAGUGAAAGAUGACCUACUACUCUUUAAGGGGAGGAGGGGUUACUGCCAUAUGUGGGAUAUAUAUAUAGGUAUGUGGUUUUUAAGGAACUUAGUCUGGGAUAGGGUGAAAAAAUCAGAGUGUAAAGGAUUAGAAUAGGGGUCAUUUUCCAGAAAACUGAUCAUUUGGUUGAAGACAAGGGAAGCCGGGAAAUGACAUUCAGCAAAUCUUAUAUUACCGCAACUCAGCUUAAUAGGAAAGAAAACGUUCACCUCAGUAACUUCUGGUAAAUAGCAUUUCUACGAGAGGGGGAAGCUAAGAAAAAUCCAGCUCAUCUACGGUAGGUCUGGUAUAGGUUAAGGGUUCUGGUGUCUUAAACAUUCCUAAAAGAACCUUCCCUGGGGUUCCAUGUACAGAGUAGGUGUCCUAGAUCGUAGCUCAGUAUCUGAGGCACCGGACCCACAAGAUGGGGGUGAAUGACAUUGAGGGCUCGAAUUUCUGUGUUUUCCACUUGAUUCAAGACACAAUAAUCCA